AUGGAAGGUCCUUCGCGAUGGCAACGCUUCAGACAUGCCUUCACUUCCCCCUCCGCAUUCCACGAGGCCCUGAGACUCAAGAGCUCGACGUCCAUCUUGAUCAACGAAGAUCUCGCGCCUUCCCCGCCGAGUAGGCAGACUUGGACAAUUUGGAACUUCUUCGCCUACUGGUGGAGCGAGUCCUGGAACGUUUCGACAUGGUCCGUCGGUGCCUCGUUCAUCACCCUGGGUGCAACUAUUCGUGACGCUCUGCUCGUCGUCUUCGUUGCCAACCUGCUCUCUGCGGUGGUCAUCGUACUCAACGGUCGAGCUGCUUCGAGAUACCACAUCGGGUAUCCCGUCAUAUCCCGGUCCAGCUUCGGCAUCUACGGCGAGUACUUUGUCGUCGUCCUACGGUCGAUCCUGGGUAUCAUCUGGGGCGGUGUGCAGCUCUACUUUGAAGGCCAAUUCAUCUCGGUUUGCCUCAGAUGUAUCUUUCCCGGGUGGACGAAGAUCCACAACAGUAUCCCAGCGAACCAAUACAUCACCACGCAGGUCAUGGUCGGGUUCUUCCUGGCCUUUUUGUUCACGAUUCCAUUCCUCUUCAUCCACACCUCCAAGAUCCAACAUCUCUUCAGCGUGAAGUCUGUCAUCAUGCCCGCCGCGGGUUUGGGGAUCGUUAUCUGGGCCACAAGCAAGAACGGUGGAGUGUCUUCCGGAAGUCUCGAGAGUUCGGUUGCCAAACCCUCCACCUCCGUACUGGCGUGGGGGAUCAUCUCACAGUUCAACUCGGUCAUGGGAGCGAACUCUGCCCUUUUGGUGACGGUGCCUGAUUUGGCGCGAUACUCCAGGACCAGGAAUGCUCAACUCUGGGGCCAACUCAUCAGUCUACCGAUUGGGCAGACUCUCUGUGCUGCAUUUGGUGUCAUUUCAACUUCCGCCGUUUUGAACAUGUACGGUCAAGCUUACUGGAACCCAUACGAUCUCCUCAACGGCAUUCUCGACGAAUCGUACUCGUCCAAAGCACGCGCAGGAGUCUUCUUCGCGUCUGCUAGUUUCGCCUUUGCCACCCUCGGCACCUCGAUCGCGUGUAACUUUAUCCCAUUCGCCGCGGACGUCACCUGCCUGUUGCCAAGGUACAUCAAUAUCGUCCGCGGUCAAUUGUUAUGUUUGGUGAUUGCAUUUGCAAUUGUGCCCUGGCGCAUCGUCGCGACUGCAAACGGCUUCCUCAACUUCCUCGGCGGAUACUCCAUCUUCCAGGGCCCCGUCGUCGGCAUAAUGCUGGUCGACUACUUUUUCAUCCGCAGGGGCAACCUCUCCCUCGCGGACCUCUUCACCCUCUCGCCGCACGGCCGCUACUACUUCUUCCACGGCUUCAACCUGCGCGCCUUCGCCGCCUUCGUCGUUGGGUUCCUGCUGCCCCUGCCCGGGUUCGCGGCCAGUUUCGGCCACGACAUCGGCGACGCCGCCACGCACAUGUACGCCCUGGGCUGGGUGCUGAGUUUCCUCGUUGGCAGCCUGGCUUACUACGUCAUCUGCGCCGCCUGGAAGGUCCCGGGUCACGAGGAGGUUCGGGGCAUGCCGUUCGAGGCGCAGGUGGCCGAGGCCGGUGCGUUCGACCCGACCGAAGAAGUGACGGUCGGAUUCGAGAGCGGCGAAUCCGAUGCGAGUACACGCUCGGCUACCAAGGAGGAGGAUGGGUCGAGUGGAUCACGUAAAGAUGCCCAUGUGGUUGAGAAGAUGGCUUAA